AUGUCAUAUGACUUGUUUGUUGUUUUUAUGCCAAUGUUUUUUCUAAUUAUCUAUUGAAAGUGAAAAUUUAUCAUGGAGAAAAAGAAAUGCAAACUAUUAGUGGCCGCUACUGGAAGCGUCGCAGCAUUAAAAUUACCAUUUCUUGUGAAAGCUGCGCUGGAACAAGUUUCGGAUCACUACCCUAUGUUUGAGGUCCGGGUGAUUGUUACAGAACAUGCGAAACACUUUUUCGAUCCAACUCAAAUCCCUUCCAAAGUGUUGAUGUACGACGACAAAUCGGAAUGGGAUGCUUGGAGGAAUAGAGGAGACCCAGUAUUGCACAUUGAGCUCGGAAAAUGGGCCGAUGUCAUGGUCAUCGCGCCUUUGGAUGCCAAUACUCUUGCUAAAAUGGCACAGGGUAUCUGUGACAACCUUCUAACUUGUACAACAAGAGCUUGGGAUUUGAAAAAGCCUCUAUUGUUCUGUCCUGCAAUGAACACCAGAAUGUGGGAGCACCCUAUAACAGCUCAACAGAUAGCAGCCUUGAAGAGUUGGGGCCACACUGAAAUCCCACCGAUCAGCAAAACUCUAAUGUGUGGGGACACCGGUGUAGGGGCCAUGGCUGAAGUCCCUGCCAUUAUUGAAGCCAUAAAAAACAAAAUGGAAUUAGAUGUCAUUGUUUUAUAAGUUGAUUUGUUUUUAGUACGACUUUGGUUUAUACUGUGAUAAUGUUUUUUCUACAAUGUAAAUAAUAUUUAAUAUAUUUUGUUAACCUUUGUGUUAUUUUAGUUUUAUUAUUUCUAUUAAUUUAAAAAAAUAUUGACUGAGGUAUUGAUUGUCUUAUAAUGUGUGUUUGUGUGCUUGUGAUGGAUUGUAUGACUUUUAUAUCACUUGUGCCACACUGCAAUUCUAAAAUAUUAAAUAACAUUGUGUUCAAUAUCUGACAUGUUAUGAAUAAAACUUGCAGAGUAAUAUUGUUUAGUUACGUCUUCUGUGUUAUGGGCAGUGGAAUGUUAGUGUUAGAUUCAUAUUUAAUGAAGUUUGUAACAUUAUGCAAUAACUUACAGUGUGGCAAUACCAUUUUAUCAAAAAUAAAACCAUUUUUGUAGAUGUAAAUGUAUUUUGUUUAUUGCAUCGCUGAAUACUGGUACUAAUGCUAGCAUACAUGCAAUAAGAACAAAACUAAUUAAAACCAUUUAAAACUCUUGUAUUGUAUAGGUACAUUACAUACAAAUAA